UUCAAACUAUUUGUGGACCUUUUAGUCUUCCUCUCCUCCUCCUCGUGUCUGUUUCUGUUUCUCUCUCCUCUUCAUUGUGUUUUAUUCACCGCAGUGUUUGAAUACGAGGGAGCUGCGCUGUAUUAUCAUUCAGAUUCUACUGCCGGAGGGGAAGUUACUGCGGUCAACACCACCUGUCCACCCUGUGUGUGUGUGUGUGUGUGUGUGUGUGUGUGUGUGUGUGUGUGUGUUGCUGUGCCCCAGCUCUCUUCUGCUAUCUUGUUGUUUUAGGCUCAUGGCUCAGCUUCACUUCUGAUGACUCGUUGUGUUUUUAGACUAAAUCAUGCUCACGUGUUACAUUACAGACUAUAUUUAGACUAGUGACUGUCUUUUGUUGACAUUGACACAUUAUGCUUGUGUUUUGGGAGGAAAUAUUUUAGUUUUUUUUUUAAAUUUCACAUCUUAGAGACGUUUAAAGUUCAGCACUGUGAUCUUUAAUUUCUAUACUCAAUUAUCAGUUUAUCAAGAUACACCGAGCCAAAGGCAGCAGCGGUGGAGGUGGAAGAAGUAUUCAGAUCCUUAACUUAAGUAAAAGUACUAAUACCACAAAAGUCCUGCAUUCAAAACCUUAGUAUGUAGAGUAUAAGUAUUUAUUAUGCAGUACAAUGUUCCCUGUCAGUAUUUUACUAUAAUAUAUGAUGUUUCUAAAUUAAUACCACAGCUCUAUUAAUGUGUGUGUUGCAUUUUAACCCAUAUCAUAUUCUAUAAGACCAUCACGUGUUUGUAGCGUCUCUGUCCUGUGAGAACCACGUAUCUCUAAGAACAGCUUGUUUUAAGCUUUGUGACGAUCUUCCAGCUGAUCCAAGAGGCUUUUUAAAGUUUGUUUAGCUGGAGAAGGAUAUUCUCGACAUUAAAGGAAACCCUUCCUCCUUCAGUUCAUCACAAACAUUCUACAUCAACACAUCUGGAGAUACGUGGCUCUCACCAGCAAGAAAAACUGUAAUCUGUAAAGUAACUAAAGCUGUCAGACAAAUGUAGUGGAGUAGAAGUAUCAAGUUGCAUGAAAUACUCAAGUAAAAGUAACUGCAGCCUGUAAAAUGUGACACAGCUCUCUGCUUCCACGGUGAGCUACAAUGAUCCUUCAGUUAAGUGUGAUCUCCUAGUUUAAUGCAGAUGUGUUUGUUUCAGGCUGUGGUGAUGAGCAGUCCCAUGGCUGGCUCCGCAGCCUCCAGUUCUAAAGAGCGUCCAGCAUCCAGGAUCAGUUUCAUCCCAGAGCUGCAGAGCAUGAUGUUCGCUCUGGGAGACGCUCGCAGGCCGCCGCACGAGACAGCAGCUCUGGUGGAGGACAUCGUGCACACGCAGCUCAUUACGAUGCUGCAUCAGGCCUGUGAGGGGGCGUGUCUUCGUGGGUCGAGGGUCAUUUCAGUUGAGGACAUCCUGUUCCUGAUGAGGAGGGACAAGAGGAAGGUGGCGAGGUUAUUGAAAUAUCUCCAGUUCAGAGAUUAUAAAUCCAAACUACUCAAAUCUCUGGAGGAUGACGAGAUGCAGCAAGAAACGGACAGGUCGGCCAGUGCUGCAGGUGCUGCUGCUGGCGGAAACCAGCGGAGGCAGCGAUUGGCUCAGGACUUCCUGGUGGGGAUGGAUCAGACCGGAGAGCUCCUGUCAUUGGCUGAGCGGCAGGAAGUAGACCCCAUCAAACAGGAGCGGAUGGAGCGUUUAGAGCGUCAGACUCGAGCUAUGGACCAGGGGCAGUACUCUGAGUUCUGUGAGAGUCGACAGCUCAGUUUUGCAAAGAAGGCGUCGAAGUUUCGAGACUGGCUCGACUGCAGCAGUUUAGAGAUAAAACCCAACAGCAUCUCCAUGGAGAUCCUGUCCUACCUGGCCUACGAGACUGUUGCUCAGAUUGUGGAUUUGUCUCUGUUGGUAAAGCAAGAAAUGACUGCAAAAACAAAUCCCAUCAGUCAUGUGAUCUCUGCCAGCUACAUCCAGUACAACACUCAUACUGAGGUAAAGAAGGAUCCAGACUCACCUGAAGCCACUCCCCCUUCUACUCCAGGCUCCUCCCAUGCAUCAAAGCCCCUCCCACAGGGUAACGGCAGUCUCGACGGCAGGGCAAGACAGAGAAAACGCAAAAAGAGCUGUCCGGCUACAGUGGAGCCUCCUAGUGGAGCCAUCCAGCCCUGUCACAUCAGAGAGGCCAUCAGAAGAUAUAACUACAGACACACAAGUGCUUAUUGCAGGAGUGGGAUGGCCUUCCUCACCUGCUGAACAUCAAACCUAUUAUUAAAAGUACCUGCAUGAAUAUUUUUUGUUGUAAUAAAGACACUUCAUUAAGCCCUUGUUUGCAUUUCUGAGAAACAAUGAUUCACUAAGACUGUUAGAAUACACCAGAUUAGUAUUUUACACAAACAGACACGUGAUGCAAUAUUUUCAGUUUGGAAAAAAAACUUUAUUGGUCACUAAUACAGAAAUACAAGGUACUACUGAGCAUGCUCACAACUCAGCUUGUGACGUUAUAGCAACACGGAGGCGGGGCUUAGCUCUGGAAUUGACGCAAAUAUUGAACAAAAAAAUAAAAAGUGACGACUCGUUUCUAAAUGCAGCUGCUUGCUUGAUAAACAUAUCCAUAACGAGUAUCCAAGUGUGUGCAGUAUGAAUGUGUGCGUGUUAGUAUUUCUGAGCGCUGUUGAUCAUCGCCUCCCUCUCCAUCACGAUCUCUCCGUAUCGCUGCUGAAGUUCUCGCUCACGCUCCAUCUGCCUCUCCACGUCCUCCCGCAGAGCCUAAAACACACAGAAUGACGAUUAGCCCGUGAAGCUUCUUUACAUUGAAGAUGGAAUCAACAGUGACUUGAAUAUAUGCUUUUACAGUCAUUGUGUUGCAUGGAUUACCUCUUUCCUCCUGGGGAUCGCAGUGUCCUCUUGUUUCUUCAGCUGUUUGAAGGUCUCGAGCUCUGUGGACGACUGCUCCACCUGGUGGACACCAUGAGUCAACAUUAAUACAUAAUUUACAAGAACUACAGACACAGGAGAACGGACUACAAAGUAGUUAGUUUUAAUAUCUCACUAUAGCAUCUAAACUGCAACAGAUCUCUUCAGAUUAAAUGUGGGGAUUCCCUCCAUAAAGAAGAAUAAAUGAGGAUGAACUGACUGAUUUUAAGACUUAUCACAUUCAGUACCUGUUCCCAGAGUUCACCGUGUUGCUUCAGGAGCCCCAGGGCUCUGGACUGAAAGCCUCCCAGCAGGAUCUUCAGUUUCUUCUCCAGUUUAGCUGCUCGCCGGGCCUCUGCUGUCAUGUGGCCACGGUUCACCUGAGACAGAUAAAGAGGCAGCUAAAGAAGUGCACAAUUCAGAGUCAUUCUGUUAGCUUUUCAUGUGUCCGAGUGCUUUCUCACAUCUAGUUUUUUCUCCAGGCUUUCAAUGCGGUCUUUCUUUGACGCCAGGUUGGCCCUGGUGUAUCUGUUCUGAGCGGGUAGAUAUAAAACCUGCAGAAAGAGAGAGAGAGACCAGAUGAAUCAACUGGUUUCAUGUGAUGCUGAAGAUAUAAAGGCAGUCUAUGCUCAGGGCCGGAUGACAGAGGGAUGCUCACCUGUCCGUAGCAUUCCUCCCACACCUGGCUGUAGGCCUCCAUGCUGAGAUCACCGUGGCCCAUUCCUGCCUUCACCACCUCCAUUUCUGCUGCCAGUACAGUCUUUGCCUGUUCGUUAACAACGGUACGCAUCAUCAUUAAUAAGCACUCCUUAUACACAGAAUAUUGACGUCCAUGAAUCGAACUAGUACUGAAACAAUCGUUUCAUUUGUUUGAGUGACUUUGAAACGACGUGUCCGUUACCUGCUCCAUGUCCUCCGUGCUGAUUGGCUUGUAGGAAUGUGAUUCCAGGUACGCUAUGUGCGAAGCGUUGUUCGACGUGGAGGCGGGGCCUCUGAUUUUGCCGCGCUGCAGCUGACUGACUGCGUUGGCCCCCGGGUGGUGC